AUGGUGGGUGUUGCGGUGCAACGACAGAGGAGAUGGACGAAGAUAGGUGGAUACAUGCAUAACAUAAUGUCUCAAGAAAUUAAUAUGAAUGAAGACAAUGGAGAGGAACCUGUUGUGUUUAAAAAUAUUGAUGGUUCUGAUGCCUUCAAUACUUCUCAGGUGUUUGUUACCCAUGAUGACGUUUUGCAUUGGGCUCGCUCUCUUGCGUAUGAUAUUGGUUUUGUGGUGGUGAUAAUGAGGUUAGCCACAAAUACUGGAAAGAGAGGAAUGACCUCAUAUGUUUUAAUUGGUUAUGAGAAAAGUGGAAAAUAUAGUAGUAGAAAAUGUGGGUGUUCGUUUAAGCUGCGAGUGAAACCAGUGUUGGGAGGUGAAAGGUGGAUGGUGAAGUUAAUAUGUGAGAAUCAUAAUCAUUCAUUGGCUAAGUCAUUCAUUGAACAUCCAUAUGUUGGUCAACUGAUUGAGGAUGAGAAUAUUAUUAUUGGUGAUAUGACAAAGUCAAUGGUCAAAUCAAAGAAUAUUCUUUUCACUUUGAAGGAACACAAUGCCAACAAUGAAAGACGAAGAUGUUGUACGUGA